AUGCUUGUAAGCACCCUCCGUGCGGAGGGCCCUGCAACCGAUAAGGCUGGUUGCCAGCUUGGAUUGCACGACAUGCAUCUUCAUACAUGUAGUAUGGCAGCCUUCCGAUAUAUUUCGUACCACUCACACUCAGUAUCGGCUGAUCAAGCAGUGGCGGCGCUUGGGGGGUUUUCUUCUGAGGAGGAUGAGGAGGAUGAUGAGCCACCAAUAGCAGAAUUCUUCCUUUUUCGUUAUGGAGACACUGCCGUUGACUAUUUGCUGCAGCCUCCCCCGACUGUAUCCACUCGGUGA